CUCUCUCUCUCUCUCUCAGUCUCUGCAUAUCCGCUUCCUCUUGCCUUUGAUAUAAUAUGAUGAGAUAUGAUCGCAGGCAUUCGGGACGCACUGAGGACGCAGCCGCUCGUUAGCCCAAGGACGAGGAGACGCGCGCGGGACCUCCGGCGCAUCAGCACGCGCGCGACGAUGGCCGCGAAGGACAGCGCACCGGCGAGCUUCCUCAACGUGAGCCGCGAGAUGACAGAAAGCAUCAAGAGAGCGAUCGACAAGCCGUCCGUCAAGUUUACACAAGCCAUCAAAGUCGAAACCAAGAAUGGGAAAUCUGAAGACAGGGUAUUGGUCCUGGCUACAUGGCGGCUUUACCUCAUGGCUCCAAAAUUACCAACUAAGGUGGAGCAAACGUUUAACUACCUGGAGAUCCGUGCGAUCAUCCCUCAUCCAGAGAACCAGGUCGUCAUAGAGACAGAAAAGUCCACCUACGUCUUCAGGCUCCAGUCGAGUGACCACAUGGACCAGAUGCUCGGCCACAUCAACUUGACUCUCUCGCGCAUUUUCAACAACUCCAUCUGCGUCCCCUCUAUCUAUCAAGCAGAUGGCGAGGUAUCUGACGGAGGGCACAAAUAUUCGCCGAGCUCUGAAACAUCGGUGGAGGCCCAGAGAGCGUGCGGAGGCUUCUCCGAGACAUAUGCGGCGCUCUGCGACUACAACGGCAUAAGCUGCAAAGAGGAAGUGCAAUGGGAUGUGGACACGAUAUAUCACUCGCAAGACAACAGAGAGUUCAGUCUGCUGGACUUCGCUCACCUGGAGAGCAGAGACCUUGCGGUCAUCGUGGCUUCUAUGGCAUACAAUACGUGGUUCACCAAGCUGUACUGCAAAGACAUGCGCUUAAACUCAGAAGUAGUGGACCAGGUCCUCCACACGGUCAGUAAGUCCAGCAGUCUAGAAGAACUCACUCUAGAGAAUGCCGGCCUUAAAGCAGAUUUUCCUCAGAAAAUGGCUGCAGCUCUGUCAGAGAAUCCGGCGUCAGUGCUGCGUUCCCUCAACCUGGCCCACAACACGUUCGACAAUCAAGGAGUGUCAAACCUCAUCCAGCAGGUGUGUCAGCUCAGCAAAGGCCUCCGUCUGCUCAACCUCUCCAAGACCUCGUUCUCCUCUAAAGGUGCGAGUUUGCUGUCUCAAGCUUUGUGCUCCAGUGAUGACUACUCCAGCUCUCUCUUGCAUCUCGACCUGAGCAAGAACCCAGGCAUUCUUUCCGGCGAGGAUGCUACGAAUCUGUACCUGUUUUUGGCUCAGCCCAACUGUUUGGUGCAUUUGGAUCUUUCAGGCACCGACUGCGCUGUGGAAUCGUUGUUCGGCCCUUUACUCCGAGGCUGCUGUGCUGACCUGUCCUACCUAAAUCUCUCAAAGAACUCCUUCUCUCCCAGGAAAGUGAAAGACAUGUUGCCCACCUUUCGUCAAUUCUUUACCUCAGCGUUCAGCCUCACCCAUCUCAGCAUAGCCUCCAUGAAGAUGCCCCCAGAUGUGCUCAGGGGUCUCUUCCUGGGACUGUCCUCCAACCCUCACAUCUCUGACCUGCACCUGGAUAUUAGUGGUUGCGAGCUCCGAUCAGCAGGAGCGGCGGUGAUAAAGGACUUGUUCCCCCAAGUCUCCUCCAUCAGUACCCUGGACAUCUCAGAUAACGGCUUGGAUGCUGAUCUUUACUCGGUCAUCCCAGCCUUCUCUCGCCACCCCUCCCUGAAGCAUUUGCUGCUGGGCAAGAAUUUCAAUGUCAAGGGCAGGUUGCUGGAUGAAAUCCUGCAAAAACUAGUGCAGUUAGUGCAAGAAGAAGAAUGUAGUCUCCAGAGUUUGUCCCUUGCUGACUCUAGACUGCGAUCCCGUGGAACGGUGCUAGUGAACAUGCUCGGCAGCAACGCAUGUCUCAGGAAAGUGGAUUUGAGCGGCAACGGUCUGGAGGACACCGGGGCCAGGAUGUUGAGCAAAGCCCUGCAGAUUAACACCUCACUGAGGAGUGUGACAUGGGAUCGGAACAAUACCACAGCUGCUGGGUUCCAGGAUGUAGCACGCUCUAUGGAGCAUAAUUUCACUCUGCAAUGCAUGCCUGUGCCGCUGAGCGACGUUUCGCAGGCGUACCGCAGUUCCCCCGAGCGGACAGAACAGGCGAUUACGAAGAUCCAGCGGGCAUUGUUAAGAAACAACCAGACUCAGCGCUUCUCUCAGAAACAGGCUCUCAGACUGCAUCAGGGUCUGGUGACUAGCACUGCUGAGCAGGUGAUGGAGCGUCUGUGCGUUCGCGUUCAGCAGCAGGUAUGUGCAUUAAGAGCGGCAGGCGAUGAAGAGGAACUUCAGGCUGCUAGACAAGCUCUAAAGGAAGCCAGGAACUCUCGAGCUUUGUACCCUUCUCUGUGUGAGCUGGCUCAUGUGCUUUCCGUAGAUGGGCCAGUUAGGCAAAAACUGGAGUCUCUCACUGGAGAACUGGCUAAAGCAGCUGACAAGGAACUUCAAGUGAUCGUGGAUUCCAUGGUAUCUCUAUGUCGGGAAUUGUGUCCUCUAUCCUCGGCUGCUGCGGAACAUCUUUCUACACCUCUCUCCUCUAUUUCUGAGCAUGUGUCCAUCCCUCGUUCUGCCAUCCGCACUGCGCUGAUGGAGAGAGCAGCCCAGGAUAUCAACCAAGCUCUAGAAGAAGUGAAGAUGUCCGUGGUUUCCUACCUCACCAACUCGGUCGUGGACCAGAUCCUUCAAGAGCUUUACGCUACUCACAAGACACUGCUUCAGCAGGUGGCUCGCAUAAGGCGACCGGAUGACAGCGCCAUGAUCCGACACACGCUACGAACUUCGGACUCUGCUGAUAUCCCAGAGGACGAUUUCACAAUCAGCAUCGAUACAAUAGCCAUAAAGAAGCGCAGCUCCAGGACACGACGCAUCCGGCCCGUCUCCACCAGACUGAGUCUAGGGGAUGAUCCGAACUUGUCUCCUUCGCUGUCUGCGCCUCGUCCAUCUGUUGCGCUUUCUCGGAUGGCCUUGUGGGACAAUUUGUCCAUCUUGCCUACUCAAGGCACGCCUCUGCACCACGUAACUCAUAUCCGUCCCCGCCCACCAAGAAAACACAGGCCUGGACACACCCCUCCAGAUAUGCAUUUGUCUGAAAAUGGUGGGGUGAACCUUUUGGAUGAGGGACUUCCUGAUUUCUACACCAAGAGGGUCUUACCAGACAGUCAAAUAUCUUCUCAUCACGUCCAGUCUCUGAGACGGAAAAAGAGGCGUAACGUGUUGUCCAUCUUUUCGGGGUUCAGGAAGAACCGCUACUCUGCAUCGUAUCAAGAGCCGGAGCCUGCGAUCCAGGGCGAAGUGUGUGGGGACGAAUGUCGCACCAACGCUGGCACCAAGAACCUGUACGCUGUGAUUCAUCACCAUAAGAAUUCGCAGAGGGCCGACGCAUCGUGCGAGGAAGACAACGGCGAGACGGGAUAUCAAGCAUCUCCUCAGAUCUUAUGCCAAACCAUUCAUGGCAUUCCCUUGCCCGGGAUGAGGCCGGUGAGCCCGUCCUCCAUCGCACCGAGACAAUUAAACGAGUACAGUGAAGUGCUCGUCUCCUCAAACCGAGCCAAUAAAGGACAGAAAGUUUCUAAUGACAAUCAAGAAGAUCAGCAUGCCCAGGGUUCGACCUCGUCCUCUACUCAUACGGAGGACGAAGUCAUGGCAGAGUUGCAGCAGAGACUCGAGAGACCAGAGCCUCCUCCUCAGAGCACCAAGCCGAGACUGGGUAACAUGAAACAGCACCAUCUGGUUGAGAGCUCCGGAGAGAGCACUGAAGAGGACACUGGAGCAGAGAACGACGAAAAAGACUCAAUUCCGAGUCAAGACGAGCAAAAAGCAGAAGGACAGACUCCUCCUAUUUCUGAAAAGCUAGAUAAUUCACCAGAGAAAUUCACCAUGCAGCCUCAGGUAAUGCCUGCCCUGGUUAAGCCUGCAUCCAGAUCCAUAGAUUCUGCUGUCCCUAAAGGUGAUGAGGAAGUCGUUAACUCUGUUGUGACCACGAGGCCUCACAGGAACCGAAAGAUCCACUCCUGUGAGGCAGGCUUUCAUUCAGGCAUGGAGAAAGACAGCACGGGGGAAGUGGAGAUCUCCUCUGACCCUAAACCCCCGGUGAAAAAGCCACGAAUUCCCUCAAGAGCAAACAAAUCUUGCGAUAGUCCUGGUAAUGUGCACACAUAGUGCAUGUGUGUGUGGGGGUGUUUGUGUCAACAAAGUCCAGAGCCAAGCAACGAGAGUGACGAAGAUACAAGGAACGAUUGUACGCGUGAAUGAAAUUACAUCUGCCAAUCAUGUUUUUUUAAACACACACACCCCCACUGGGGUUUUUCAUAUCCUUUUCAAUGAGUCACUCACUUAUUCUUGCUUUGCAUCAUCUCCCCGUCUUUCUGUUUUCCUUUUUUUUAGUCUUUCAAUCCAGUUUUUUUACUCGUUUUCUAUUUUCCGCCUUUCUGUGCUCUCAUUUCCCUGCUGCAACUCCUUUCAAAGAUAUACAGAGCAAUAUAUUCCCUCUCCGCUCCUCGGCUUUAUUUACUCGCCCGGCUUCUUGCUCUGACCUCGGAAUUUCAUGUAACGGCCCUCCAGAUUCGCCCCACAAUUUCUAUUCCCUGCCGGCUCGAAAAGCAAUCACACUGAUGGGGGGGUGGGGGAGGGGGGUGUUUGAGGGGGGAUAAAAUGGUACUUGGAACAAUAAUCAACUCAGGAUUGCUUUUUUUGUUUAAAAAUAUUCAAUUCAAUCUUUGGUUCUGAAGUGAAUGUAAUUUCAGUUUGGUCAACACAUUGCAGUCGGACCGCACUGAAGCACAAACAUUUGUCCAGUCAUAACCCUUAAUAAACCAUUGAAUAACAUUCCCAUUUCCACGUCCAUGAUUAAUCAAAAGAUCUGGAACGGGAUGCAACGGAGGUUUUGCUUCUUUAGUGUGUCCUGUUGUUUUUGAAUGAUGUAAGAUGCAAUGAAGUUAAUUUACUUAAUUACAAUUUUUGAUUCUGUAUGGCUCUGAUUUGUUCCCAUACACCCCUGUGUUAGUUUUCCAGAACCUGCAGGAUGUCACUGUGUAGCUUCUCCAUAGCGACUACGAGUACGCCGAUUUUGCACCUUUUUUUUGGCUUGCUGUGUCUUUUUUUUUUCUUUCUUUCUUUCUUAAAUCAGUCACAUGUAUUUUAUGCUCUUCCGUAUUGAGCAGAACUGCUGUAUCUAAAUGAGCUCUAUUUUUUACUGGUGUUGUGAAUGUGGCAAAAUGAAUAAAAAGCUAAAUCUAAGUAA